AGGGAGGGGUUCUUCUCCCGGUCAGGCAGCUGAAGCUCCGCUCUCGGGUUACCCCUGCAGCGACGCCCCCUAGUCCCACCGAUACCACUGCUGCUCCCGCCCCUUCGCUCCUCGGCCGCGCAAUGGGCACCCGCGACGACGAGUACGACUACCUCUUCAAAGUUGUCCUUAUCGGAGAUUCUGGUGUUGGAAAGAGUAAUCUCCUGUCUCGAUUUACUCGAAAUGAGUUUAACCUCGAAAGCAAGAGCACCAUUGGAGUAGAGUUUGCAACAAGAAGCAUCCAGGUUGAUGGGAAAACAAUAAAGGCACAGAUAUGGGACACAGCAGGGCAAGAGCGAUACCGAGCUAUAACAUCAGCAUACUAUCGUGGAGCUGUAGGUGCCUUACUGGUUUAUGACAUUGCUAAACAUCUCACAUAUGAAAAUGUAGAGCGAUGGCUGAAAGAACUGAGAGAUCAUGCUGAUAGUAACAUUGUUAUAAUGCUUGUGGGCAAUAAGAGUGAUUUGCGUCAUCUCAGGGCAGUUCCUACAGAUGAAGCAAGAGCUUUUGCAGAAAAGAAUGGUUUGUCAUUCAUUGAGACGUCUGCUUUAGACUCUACAAAUGUAGAAGCUGCUUUUCAGACAAUUCUGACAGAGAUAUACCGCAUUGUUUCCCAGAAGCAAAUGUCAGACAGACGUGAAAAUGACAUGUCUCCAAGCAACAAUGUGGUUCCUAUUCAUGUUCCACCAACCACUGAAAACAAGCCAAAGGUGCAAUGCUGUCAGAACAUAUAAGGCAUUUCUCUUCUCCCCUAGAAGGCUGUGUAUAGUCCAUUUCCCAGGUCUGAGAUUUAAAUAUAUUUGUAAUUCUUGUGGUCACUUUUGUGUUUUAUUACUUCCUCAUACUACAGAUUUUCCAUGUCUUAAGUCUUGAUUUUAGCUUUAUAAAGUUAAUCCACUUGUCCCGAAUGACUGCAGCUUUUUUUCAUGCUAUGGCUUCACAAGCCUUAGUUUAAUAAACUGAAUGUUUGGAUUCCUCAGUUAUUGUUUACUCUUCAUCGUGGAAGCCUGUCACUGUAGGACAUAAUAGAACUUGAUCACUUGAAGCUCAGACCUGUUGGUCUUGAUCAAAUCAAACUAAGAAGACUUUAGAAAUAAGCUAUCAUUUUGCCACAAAGCAGCUUAUAACAAGCAGCUUAUAAUUCAUACACUCUUCUCUCAGUGCAGUAUAUCCGCAAAUCUAAGAAUUGCCCUAUAAACAUAGGAUUUUGAGAGCUUAAAAUUUUUUCAUUAUUCUGGAAGUCAAUUUCUAAAAUGCCUUAAUAGGGUUAUGUAGUUUAGUAAAUUUUGUUUUUUAAUUUUUGUAAGCAUCAAAGUUGAUUCAAGAGGGGGGCACUUUUUUCUGGACAAGAAUUAUCUUAAUAAACACAGAAGACUUACAGCUUCAUUUGUGGGUGGUAUGGUUAUGGGGCCAUAUGUUAAAAAUUGCUGCCCAGCAGGCUGGGAACUGGAGAGACUGGUGGAAUUCCAUCUGAGGUGCCUCUGUUGGAAUGAUCAGGCAGCCCAAGUUAAUGAUAAGUCAUUUAAGUUUUCUAAUUUCCCAGCAGUAGUUUAUGUGGCAUUUUAUUGCUCAGGCAAUAACUGGUUUAAUAACUCUUAGUAUCAAAUUGUGAAGUGUUAAUUUCAUCUUAAAAUCUCCCAUUAAAUGAAAUGCAACCUAGUUUUAUCACCAUAUCCACCAGUAGGCAUGGGUAAUUAUUUUAAUGCUGAUUUUUGAGUUUUGCAGUACAUUAUGGAAUAUAGUCCAGUUAAAUAUCAGGUUUCAGUAUGUCAAAAGAAUACAGUGAGAGGUUCAUUUCUGCUCAAGUGGUACCACUUAAAGGCAUGUAUUCUUUUAGUACUUAAGAUGAAAUAGUACCUUGAGUUUAAAUAGAAUGCAUUUAGGCCACUAUACAGACCUGAAAUAGUUUUCUUCCACUACAUUAUUGAAAUCAGUGGAGCAACUAGUUUCUCAUUCAGAAGUGUGCACACUAAUAUUUAGUUUUACUUUCUUGUGGAUAAUAUUAAGCACUUACUCUGCAGUGUUCUGAAAGUUGUGUCAACUGAAGUGAUACUAUUCAGGAUGGUGGAAUGUCCCCAAAAUGUGUAUGUGUGGGCUUGCAUAGAUUACUAUGUUUCAUAGUUAAUCUUCUGUCUUUCAUGCGAUGCUCAUGACGUGUGGGGCGCACUGAAGGCAUUGCUCUGGUCAGUCUUUCGGUUUGCCUCUGUAGCCAUUUUAUUAUUUUAGUGUAUUGGUAUGAAGAUACUAUUAUCUAUUUGUAAAUUGCUACUUUGUAUUUUAUGCAUGCUCUGUAACUUGACUUUUUUUUAGUUACUGAUUUGGAAUAUAUUUGCAUUCUAAUAAACAGUUAUAGGGGGGACUAUUCUUUAUUUUGUCAGAUUACAUUUUCCCUUUGAGAGCUUUGGAUGCAGCCAUGGAAUAUUUGAUUCUAACGAAUGAGAGUGUAUAGGUCCUUAUAUUCUAGAGUAAACAUUAAAUUGGAGGCACCAUUGUGUGAAUUCAGCUUUGAUUUUUAGACAUGUACUUCAAUUAUGCUUUUCUUAGAAAGAGUAUUACCAAAAAUAUAAGGGAAGUAAUUAAUCUCAGUACUUUCGUACAUAACAGUGUCACCAGACCCAGGAAGAGGCUCCAUCACUACUUAUUUUACUGAAAAUUGGUAGUAAGUGUUUUUUACACAAUUUAAUUUCAGAGGAGAAACUUAAGUAGUGAAUUGAAAAGGAAUGAAGUAACUGAAUUUUUACCAAGUAUAAACUUAAGUUGCCUUGGGCAUGGUUGGAUCUUGGGAACAUUCCAAGAAACAGGUAGUAGUAGAAAAAUGGCUUUGAUUGCAUUUCAACAAAUGUCUUAAUUCUGAAUAUCUGAGGAGACAAACGGUCUCAAGAAACAUUAAGUUUUAAAAUAAUAUGAUAAUUUAGGGCUCAAGGCAGUUUAUUAGAAAUAUUUUGCUGCUUGACCUUGCUUUUCAGUUAUUUUAACUUUGAAUAUAUAUAUAUAUAUAUUUUUAACCUAUUCUCCUGAAUAGUCAUUUAGCCAUUUUGCCUUGAUUUAAACUUGUAUGUGAAUGUUCUUAAGUGCUAUCUGUGAUUUUUCUCUAAUAGUAGUUGUUACUCUGUAAGGGGUAAGUUUUCUAAUUUAGCCAUUACAUUGAAUAUGCUAAAUUCUAAUUCUAAGAAGGGGUGUUUGUUAGCUGGUGACUAAUGCCAGAGGUCUUUUAAGUUCUGAAGGGUUCUGCAGAAAAGUUAAGACUUAAGAGUUUGGAUUGCUAUCAGAGCUAGUCAUAUUUAUUUCAUCAUUGGGGAAAAUGAACAUCUUAAUUUUUGUCUUUAGUGACUUGUAUUGACAAAAUACAAACACUUUUCAAUGGUUUGGGCUAUUGUGAUAAUCUCCUCCAUCUACCUUAAAGAGAUAAAACUACUACUUAAACAAUUUUGGCCAAUACCAGAAGCAGAAUAAUUCAAAGGCUGGGUGGAUAUUUAUAAACUUCUUCCAGCCUGUUAGGUUUCAGUUUAUGGACUUUUCUUUUUUUAAUGGAGGAGAAAAAUGGGUAUUGUUUACUUGAUGUUUCACAAACAUAAGCCUGAAAAAAAUUUUCAAAACAAAAUAUGUAUGAAUUUUGUGUAAGGACUGUGCAUGACAUCCAUUCUCAGUUUGAAAAAAAAAUGAAUGAAGGCAAUGAAAGGAUCUACAUCAUUUAAUGGGUUAGCAUAACAGCCAGACUAGUGCUAAAGAGAAGAGGACUGUUUUUGUUCUCCUGGCUGGGGCUGUGCAGGUGCCAUACCCUCUUCUGGAAUUUGACAGGCCACCUUUUCCAUUCACCUAUACAAUGUGCCAAAAAAACCUGUGUUUUCAUUCUGAAGUUUUAAAGAAUGGUUGUGUUUCCCCAAACUGUAGAGGCUGGUGGUAACAAUAAAGUAAUACCAAAUGUUAUUGUCAUUAAGGGAGACCAAUAGUCUGAGAGAUAAUUUUAAGUGAAGUAUCCAUUUCUCUGAAAAUUGAAUUGGGAGAUAAAGGAAUAUUUGAAAGGACCUUGGUACUAGGCAUGUAUUAGAAAAUAUGCAAACUCUGUGAGUUAAAAGAUAGAAAGUGGCAGGUAUAAUGGAGCACUGGACUGGGUGACAGACUUGGGUUCUAGUCACAGCUCUUCUAGUCAUUUUAUUUCUGAGUCUCACCUUUCAGUUAAUGAGGGGACCUGGGACUGGAUUAGAUCAUUUCUGGGGUUCAUCCCAGCUCUAAUUCAGUAAUUCUAUGAAUGAACUCUUCAGGUACUAGAGCCAAAUUAUUAUACACUCUACUUCAAAUAUAAUAGAUAAGUAAAAAUCAAGUGUACACUUUGCAAAAUGUUUUUGACCUUAUAAUAGAAUGAUAUCCUUAUUUCCACUAGAAUGUUAUCUUUAUUUGCAUGUUAACUCCAUUAAAGAAGAUGAAAGCUUUCA